GGAAGAAGUCACGUGACUGUCGGAAACCCGGGUUGCCGCCGCGACAGCCCGCCUCCUUACCGCCUCGCCCGCCCCCUCGGACUGGAGGAAAAACAACUACGUAGGUUCCGUUUCCCCCACCUCUUCCUCUUCCGGUCCUCGCGGGCACCCUCACGACAGGGUCCUCGGCUCCGACCCGGGUUGAGGAGGCGGCGUUAGCCAUGGCGAUGUUCGAGCAGAUGAGAGCCAACGUGGGCAAGUUGCUCAAGGGUAUCGACAGGUACAACCCUGAGAACCUCGCCACCCUGGAGCGCUAUGUGGAGACGCAGGCCAAGGAGAAUGCCUAUGAUCUGGAAGCCAACCUGGCUGUCCUGAAGCUGUACCAGUUCAACCCCGCCUUCUUUCAGACCACGGUCACCGCCCAGAUCCUGCUGAAGGCCCUCACCAACCUGCCCCACACGGACUUCACGCUGUGCAAGUGCAUGAUCGACCAGGCGCAUCAAGAAGAGCGGCCCAUCCGACAGAUUCUCUACCUGGGCGACCUGCUGGAGACCUGCCACUUCCAGGCCUUCUGGCAAGCCCUGGAUGAAAACAUGGACCUCUUGGAAGGCAUAACUGGCUUUGAAGACUCAGUUCGGAAAUUUAUCUGCCACGUGGUGGGCAUCACUUACCAGCAUAUCGACCGCUGGCUGCUGGCGGAGAUGCUCGGGGACCUGACAGACAACCAGCUGAAGGUGUGGAUGAGCAAGUACGGCUGGAGCGUCAACGAGUCGGGCCAGGUCUUCAUCUGCAGCCAGGAGGAGAGCAUCAAGCCCAAAAACAUCGUGGAGAAGAUCGACUUUGACAGUGUGUCCAGCAUCAUGGCCUCCUCCCAGUGACCUUGUGGGCGUUUAAUAAAGAUUUGUGAACUCAGC